AUGUUUAAAUCAAUCAAGUUUUUUCACUCUCAACAUGUUGCGGAUGAUUGUUUUGACAAGGAGGAGAGUUAUCCGGAUGCGAUGGUAGAGAUUUGGCCUCUUGCAUUCCACAACAAGAAUCACAAUGUGACGACAACACCCAAUUCCACUUCAUCCUUGAGUGAUAACACUACUAAUUCUUCUGAUUAUCAGAAGAAUUAUUUCCUUGUCCAUCGAAUGAUUCUCUCAGCAAAGAAUCAAGUGUUGAGACACUUGUUUCAACUCCAAAAUAACUCUUUAGUGACCAACAACAUCACAACUACUCCUCCUCAUGUGACAGGACCUCGUUCACAACAUCACCAUCAUCACUCUUCCAUCAAAGCCAAAAUUCAACUUGGCCUUUCAUGUAGUGAAAUUCCAAUUCCUCUCAUUCAUCAAAAAGAAUGCAUCCAAUCCCUUCUUUCCUUCUACUACACUGGACGAUUGGAAUUAAAUCGAAGAGAACACGUUUCAUCUCUUCUCCUUCUCGCUCACAUUUACUUUGCACCCGAGAUUGUAUUAUCACUUGUGCACUAUUUAAACUGCACACUAUUGAAAACAGUUCAAGAUUUCACACUUUCCGAUUGUUUGAACAUUCUUUCUCUCUUUCACAUGACAUCACAAACACCCUGUCAAAACACAAUCAUUUCUUCAAUGGAUUCAUGGUAUGAAAAUGCCAUUCUCCAACACCACGAGCAACUACAACAAACAGACUACACUUGUCUCUUUUCCAAACAUUUAGCUCAACAUCAAAAUACCUAUCAACCAUUCACUUUUAAAGAAUGGUCAUCAUCAACCAAUUCAUCCCAUUCAUCAUCCAUCUCAGAUUCAUCAACCAAUUCAUCUCAUCCUUCAUUUAUUGACAAAUAUGGAGGAUCAAAUGACAUGCAUCCAUUAUGGAAGAAACAUGUUCAAGAAUUGAGAGAAAAAGCUCUUCAAUCUUUAACAUUUAAUUUUUCAUCACUUUGUGCUCGAUCUGAAUUUUUAAAUUUAUCUUUUGAGAGAAUGCAAUCCAUGAUUCUACAAGUCAUUGCUACCACCAGAAACACCACCAGAAAUAUCACCACCAAUACCACCAGAAAUACCAACACGAAUACCUGUCAAAAUCAUGAAAAUCAUCACGACUUGACCCUUCCAACUUGUUCACAAUUUUUACAAGUCAUUAUUCAUUGGUUACAUUUUGAUGAUGAACAUCGAAUCAUGCAAGCUCGAUCAUUAUUUUCAUUAUUGCAAGUCAUUAGUCAUGCAUUUAUUGAGAAGAAGAAGAAGAAUGGACAUGAACACUCUUCAAAUCUUUUCAAAGAUGAUCCAUACGUGUCGGGAGUGUCUUUUUCUUCCGAUUUGAAUACUCCUUCUUCUUCUUCUUCGAUUAACACAACAAAAACACCAUCCCCAAUUUGUGACACUGUUGUUCACAUACCAUCAGCAACAUCUCUUCCUUCUCAGUCUCAUCAACAAUCAAUCACAUCAUUCUCACCAACAAGAACUACCUCAACAACAAGUCCAGAAAUUCAAACAACUUCCCUGAUUCAAUCCAACAAGUCUAAAAUGUCAUCUUUUUUAGGAAUUGAUAUGGAAGAAACCAAUUCCACAAGUACACCUCCUACUUCUCCUGUAGUUUCUAUUCCAAACAUGACAAAUUCUUCACAAAAUAGUUCAACAUUGAAUUCUCCUCAAGUCAUGACAAGUGAUGUGACCUUUGGUGCAAAUUCCAUUUCAAUUCCAUCAAUUUCUACCACAAAUUUGAACAGUGUGACCUUAUCCACAAAAACACCAAUGGAAAGAGACUCUAAAAACACACUCACCACACAACUCCAUUCACAAAUUGGUUCCUCUUACUCGAACUCUCACAACUAUUCACUCACUCCAAAUAUGGUAAAUAGUGGAAAUCCUAGCACUACUAGUCGAAUGCCACGUUCUCAUUCUGCCUUUGUUCGACCUCAAAGUGAACAAGAAAAAGGAACUUUUGGACAUUUGAAGCGAUUGGCCACACCCUUUAAAUUUACAUUUACAGAGAGAGAUGAUGAAAGAGAACCUCCAAAAACAAUCUUUGAAGUUGAAGAGGAGAGUCUUUCAGAUUGGCAACAAGUUGGAAAGAUGGUGACCAUUGUUCCAGUGAAACGAACGGAGCAAGUUCUUGUGAAACGAGAGGAAAAUAUGGAAAAGAAAUGA